UUUCAAAGCGUUCGCAGACGGCAAACCACAGCCAUCCGAGCAAUUAAUACAUAUCAGCGGCUCCGUAUUUGUUGUGUUAAUUGCUGUUGUCAUUGCGCGUCUACCCAUUCUUCCAUAGUUUUAUUUUCUCAGCGGCAAUCCAUAAUAACUGCCAGCUGCGGAAAAAGCGCACGCCUCUGCCGAACAAUCAACCUGCUAGCCAGCUAGUUAACAGGCCAGCUCGGUUAAACGGCCACAGUUGACGCAAAGUCAGUUAGUCGAGCAGUUCGCAGUGAAGCAGUCCAAUAGCACGCUGCCUCGACUUUAAAAACAGUGAUCAGUUUUUGUAUUACAAAACCACAUUCCAGCAUGGAUCCACUAACAGUGUUGCUGCUUCUGUUUACCGCCUUAACGCUGAUUUGCAUCCACUUGCAUCGCAAGCAGCAGUACUGGGAGGCACAAGGCAUACCGCUGAUCAAACCGUUCCUGUUCUUCUACUAUGGACGCGGUCGCAUUGGCAGCGAUUGUCACGCAAUCGAUAUACCCAACGAAGUGUACAGCCGCUUUCGUGAGUCGGGCCUGCCUUUGGCGGGCAUGUUUAUGAUCGGCGAUCCCCUCAUCAUUCUACUCGAUCUGGAGGUUAUCAAACACGUACUGAUCAAGGACUUUGCUAACUUCAGCUAUCGCGGCCUUUACCACAAUCUGCGCGACGAUCCGCUAAUGGGUAAUCUGGCCGCCAUCGAUGGUCCUUACUGGAAGCGACUGCGCGCCAAGCUUACACCCUCUUUCACAACGGGGAAAAUGAAAUUUAUGUAUCCCACGCUCAUCAAGGUGGCCGAACAGCUGUCAAGUGUAGUGGAAAAGCGGCUCACUACCGAGGGUAUAAUCGAUGUUAAGGACUUAUCUGCUUGCUACACCACCGAUGUCAUCGCGUGCUCUACGCUCGGCAUCGAGUGUGACAGCCUGCACAAUCCGAACGAGGACUUUCGCCUAAUCACAAUGAAGUUCUUCGAGGAGUAUAGCGUGACGCGUGAUCUGAUUAGUCAACGUUUUCCGCAGCUCGCAAAAAUGCUGCGUUGGACAAACACACCGAAAUCGGUAACCGAUUUCUACAUCAAAGUUGUGCGGGACAAUAUUGCCUAUCGCGAGGAGCAUGGCAUUGUGCGACAGGACUUUUUACAAAUUAUGAUGGAUCUCAUCAAAACGGAAGCGCUUACGAUGGAAGAGAUUGCUGCGCAAGUGUUUGUAUUCAUUAUUGCAGGCUACGAGACCACUUCGACGACCAUGACGAACUGUCUGUGGGAGCUGGCAGUGAAUGAGGAUAUACAAGAUAUGGUGCGCGAGGAAAUCGUGCGGGUUAUGCAGGAUCACGGUGACCAGCUAACAUAUGGUUGCCUCAAGCAGAUGACCUACUUGGAUCAGACGCUGAAAGAAACUCUCCGCAAGCAUCCCAUCGCACCCGCCUUGAAGCGUGUGGCCUACGAAGACUACAAAGUACCCGGCACCAAUUUCAUAAUCAAAGCCAACACUACAGUCCUCAUACCAUCCGAAGCGAUACAACACGAUCCCCGCUACUAUCCCGAACCUAACAAAUUCGAUCCAAUGCGUUUCACACCCGAAGCUAUGGAAGAACGUCACCCGAUGACAUUUUUGCCAUUCGGCGAUGGACCACGCAAUUGUAUCGGUUUGCGGUUCGGUCGCAUGCAAGUACUCAUCGGCUUGGUAAUGUUGCUUCGUAAAUAUCGUUUUAGUGUGGCGAAAACGACGCCCAUACCGUUAGUUUACGAUAAAGCUAUUUUAUUGCGCGCGCCAAAGGGAAUGGUGGAGUUAAAGUGUGAACGAAUUGUGGAGGAAAGGUGCUUGAGUAAUGUGGCUAAGGCGUCGACUGAAGAGCAGCAAAAUUUUGUGCAGAGAAUUAGCGAGCAACGUGAGCAUGAAAUUGCAAAGGAAGAGAGAAAUAAAUAGCGGAGCAAUAAAGUGGAGUUUGGAAGCGAUAGAAAUGAAGAUUGACUUUGAAUUUUGAUACUUCAUAGAUAGAAGUUUCGAAGGGUACAUAAAUUUACAAAACAUAUAUGAACUACAUACUUGUCGAAAUAUUCUUUGGAAUAUCAUAUGUAUGCAUACGGCCACAUUUAGGGCAACGAAUA